AUGAACUAUCCGCGACCGCUGCUGCCUAAUAUCAUUGAGCUGACGGGGCUGCAUCUAGAGAAACAACGGAAGCCACUUCCUCUGGAUAUCAAGAACUUCCUUGACGGUGCAACAGAUGGUGUAAUUUACUUCAGCUUCGGCAGCAAUGUGAAGGGCAGCACAUUGCCAGAGGACAAAAGGCGAGCGUUCCUCGAAGCCUUCGCACAGCUGCCGCAGCGGGUACUUUGGAAGUGGGAGGUGGACAGCCUGCCUGGACAGCCGGAGAACGUCAUGAUAGCCAAGUGGCUGCCCCAGCAGGACGUCUUGGCACAUCCAAACAUUCGUCUCUUCAUAACCCAAGGAGGACUCCAAAGCAUGAAUGAAGCAAGUUACUUCGCAGUGCCUCUGCUUGGCAUUCCUUUCUUUGCUGAUCAGCACCACAAUGUGGCUAAGAUGUUGCAAGCUGGUAUAGGCUGCCGUCUGCUGUUCAGAGAUGUCACUACCGAUACUGUUCUGAAAGCCGUUCACACAGUUCUUGGCAAUGAAAGCUACAAGGAGAACAUGAAACGGUUCUCAGCGGUGUUCCGCGAGCACCAGGAGAGGUCCCUGGACACUGCCGUCUGGUGGAUAGAAUACGUGAUACGUCACAAUGGAGCUCCCCACUUGCGCAGCGCAGCCCUCGACCUGAGCUGGUGGCAGCUGCUGUUGCUCGACGUCAUCGCAUUCGUGGUUGCAGCGGCGUCCAUUGCGGUUUACGUACUGUACAAGACAACUUGCUACUGCAGAACUUCAGCACGUGGUUUUCUCAAGCAGAAGACAUUGUGA